AUGUUACAGGAAUUGGAACAGAAAGUUGCUGCCGCAGCCGAAGAUAAAGUAGAAUUUGAGAGAGAAACUCUGAAAUGGAAGAAGGAACGGAACAAUCUGCUGGAACAACUAGAGAAUCAGAAACAAAAUCUGAACUCCGAUACAAAACGUAAGGUCGCCCUCAAAGCAUCGACUUUAAUCGACCAAGAGAUUGUCAAAGUACUCGGCAGGGAGUUUGCACAGGUACAGAUCCACAAAGAACGAGAAAAGUUAGAGCUGGCUGAAAGAGAUCGACUGGCUGCCAUUGAGAAGGUUAAAGAAUCAGAAGAACUCAGAAUGGGGAUAGAAGAGAAGAACAAGAAUCUUGAGAAUGAAAUCAAGCUGGUUAAGAACGAGAUAGAGACCGCGUACUCCAAGGUUGAGUCCUUCAAAUCUGAUAUCACUGAUCUCAACAUUCAGAACAGAAGUCUUCAUGACCAACUAGAGCUCCAGAAGAAAAGCUAUCAGAGAGUGUUAAACCGGGUGUAA